UCCCCUCCAUACAGCUCCGGCAGCUACGACUCCAUCAAGACAGAGGUCAGCGGCUGUCCCGCGGACCUGACUCUAAAGGCCUUCAACAUGUUCGUGCGCCUUUUUGUGGACGAGAACUUGGACCGGAUGGUUCCCAUCUCCAAGCAGCCCAAGGAGAAGAUCCAGGCCAUCAUCGAGUCCUGCAGCCGGCAGUUCCCCGAGUUCCAGGAGCGGGCACGCAAGCGCAUCCGCACCUACCUCAAGUCCUGAAGAACGGGAUGGAGAGGGAAAGCGACCAGGCCCACGCCACCACACCUGACCUCAGCCAUGGCGGAGAACAUCCUGGCCGCCGCCUGCGAGAGCGAAACGCGGAAAGCAGCCAAGAGGAUGCGGCUGGAGAUCUACCAGACCUCCCAG